AUUGCCGAGUGCUUACACAGCAGCAGCUUACCACGGCACGGAGGCACCGCAGCGUAUCGCUUAGCAACACGGUCAUGAGGCUGGCUACAGUGAGAGAUGUUUGUCGGGCUGCGAGAGAUGUGCGAGAUGUGAAAUGUGUGAGAUGUGGGCUGUGUGAGAUGUGAAAUGUGUGAGAUGUGAGAGAUGGCAAAUGUGUGAGAUGUGGGCUGUGUGAGAUGUGAAAUGUGUGAGAUGUGAGAGAUGGCAAAUGUGUGAGAUGUGGGCUGUUUGAGAUGUGAGAGUUGUGAGAUAUGUGAGAGAUGGGUCAGAUGUGAGAUGUGAGCCCUGAGAGAUGUGUGAGACGUGAAAUGUGAGAUGUGAAAUGUGAGCUGUGAGAAAGGUGAGCUAUGUCAGUUGUGAGAGUUGUGAGAGCUGUGUGGGAUGUGUGAGAUGUGUGAGACGUGUGAGCUGUGUGAGAUGUGUGAGAUGUGAGCUGUGAGAGGUGUGAGACGUGAUCUCUGUGAGACGUGAGCGCUGUGAGAUGUACGGGCUGUGUGAGCUGUGAAUUGCAAGCUCUGUGAUUCUGCGGAAAAGCAUUACUCAGCAAAAACACGCGGACGCGCCGACUCGAGCUGCGCCCCGCGCGUGCACGGUGGAUCUCAGCAGCAGCAGCAGCAGCGGCAUCAUCAGCAUCAGCACCUCCUCCUCCUCGCGGACUGCGGCACGGCGCGGGCCCCGCUGCUGCUGCUGCUGCCUCUCCUCGCUCGGCACCUGCACGGACGGAACCCGCACCCCGGCCUCUUCCGUCUGUCUCCCUUAACCCCUUCUCCCGGAAGCCUUUCUCCCUAACCCCAGUGGCACUAAACCCUGUCUCCCGGCACCCGUUAUCCCUCAUCCCCCUUCUCCCAGAACCCCUUCUCCCCGGUCUCCGUUCCCUCACCCCACUCCCAUAGACCCCCUUCCGCCUGGACCCUCAAACCCCGUCUCCCUUAAACCCCCUGUCUUCCCCCUACCCUCCAAACCCCAUUUUCCCGUACCCCCCCAAACCCCGUAUUCCCGGACCCCGUCUCCACCCCCAACCCCCACCCCGCGAGACUCUGUGCGGGACUCCUCAGUGCAGGUCUCAGUGUGGGACUCAGUGUGGGACUCCUCAGUGUGGGUCUCGGUGUGGGACUCCUCAGUGUGGGUCUCAGUGCGGGACUCCUCAGUGUGGGUCUCGGUGUGGGACUCCGUGUGGGCCUCAGUGCGGGACUCCUCAGUGUGGGUCUCAGUGUGGGUCUCAACGUGGGACUCAGUGUGGGACUCCUCAGUGCAGGUCUCAGUGCGGGACUCGCGCCGAGAUGACGCUUCUCCUCCUCCUGGCGGCGUGGAGCUGCGGCGCUCUGCCCGGUCUGGGCGGCGCGCGCCCCAGGGACGGUGGUGUGCUCCGACACCAGAGCCUCGUCUCCAAGGAGAUAGUCACUCCCUUUCGGCUCGUCACGCGAAUGGAAGACGGCAACGAGACCGCCGUGGCUGCGCUGUCGACAAAAAUCCGCCAAAGGACGGCGCGCGCCCAGCAGCAGGUCUUCCACAUUGCCCAAGCUAGCUUCCUCAUCAAUGUGUUUGGAUUAUCAUUUAUCCUGGACGUUCAUCUAAACCACGAUCUGCUUUCGUCAAAUUACAUGGAAAAACAUUUUAACGGUGAAGGAAGAUCAUUGCUGUCGAAGGGUGGAGAGCACUGCUACUACCAGGGGAAGAUACGUGGAGUCGUCUUCUCCGUCGUGGCAAUCUCCACUUGCCAGGGAUUGCAUGGAAUGUUUGGUGAUGGGAACUUUACUUACCUGAUACUUCCUUUGAGAAAGAGCAGUAAACAGGACAAGGAACACCCACAUGCCGUCUACAGAAACACGGGACUGGGCCCCGCGAUCAGGCCAUUUGCUUACGAACGCACAUCGCUCAAACAAGAUCCUGACGUGAAGAGUGAUGUACUCCGUACAAUUUCUAUCAAAAGGAUAAAGAGGAUGAUUGACACGAAGAGUGCUUAUGAUGAAACAAAAUAUGUGGAGCUGGCCAUAGUGAAUGACUACUUCAUGUUUAAGAAACAUCAUUUGUCGCUGACGCACACGAACAGCUUUGCUAAGUCCGUGGUGAAUCUGGUGGAUGCCAUCUAUAAAGAGCAGCUUAACACUCGGAUAGUUCUGGUGUCCAUGGAAACGUGGACGGACCGCAACCGGCUGGUGGAGAGCGACGAUCCUCUCCAUAUGCUGCACCUCUUCAUGCAGUACCGGCAGCAGAACAUGUCGGGCAGGAGUGACACAGUACAUCUGUUCACUGGGAGAACAUUUCUGAACAGCAGAAGUGGCGCUGCGUUUGUUGGAAGCAUUUGUUCCAAUGCAAAAGGAGGAGGCAUCAAUGAGUAUAGCAAUCCUGAAGGUAUGGCUGUUACACUGUCUCAAAAUAUUGCGCAAAACCUUGGGAUGAUGUGGGAGCCGAGACAUUCAGCAGAUGAUUCAGCGAGCUGCAAGUGUCCGGACAAAUGGAACGGAUGCAUCAUGAUGGAGGAUUCUGGGUUCCACCUCCCACGGACGUUUUCCCAGUGCAGCCUCGUGGAAUACCAGGAGCUGCUACAGCAGGGUGGUGGCGCCUGCCUCUUCAACAAGCCCACACAGCUCUUGCAGCCUCCAGAAUGUGGGAACGGAUUUGUGGAGCAUGGAGAAGAAUGCGACUGUGGCUCCUCCGCUGAAUGCGAGAAGAUGGGUGGUAACUGCUGCAAGAAAUGCACCCUGACACACGAAGCCCUCUGUGGAAAUGGUCUCUGCUGCGACUCAGAAUGUCAGUUGCUUUCUCGGGGAGAAGUGUGUCGGGAGGCGGUGAACGAUUGUGACGUCAACGAAACGUGCACGGGAGAUUCCAGCCAGUGUCCAGAAAAUGUGCACAAGCAAGAUGGAUACUGGUGCAACGACCAGCAGGGACGCUGCUUUCAAGGAGAGUGCAAGUCACGAGAUGGACACUGCAAGUACAUAUGGGGACCUCGCGUGGUGUCGGCCGAUAAGCAUUGCUAUGAAAAACUCAACGUCGAAGCCAAUGAGAAGGGCAACUGUGGCAAACGUGAUAGCAGCUGGAUACGGUGUCAAAAAGAUGACAUCCUGUGCGGAUACUUGCAUUGUUCCAGCAUCGCAUGGCCUCCCCGAGUAGGGGAGAUGGAUGGAGACAUUACCAAGGUGGAGAUGUACAAGGAAGGAAGAUACAUCGAUUGCAGUGGUGGCCAUGUGAUGCUAGCUGAUGGAAUGGACCUGGGAUAUGUUCCAGAUGGAGCUCCCUGUGGACACAAUAUGAUCUGCUUGAGACAAAAGUGCAAUGCAAUCCGUAGCCUAAACCUCACGGCGUGCCCAUCGAAUACAGAGGACAGCUGCUCAGGACGUGGGAUUUGCAGCAACAUGGCCAAGUGUGUUUGUGAUCACGAGUGGGCUGGGAGCGACUGCAGCAUCUAUGAUCCACUCAUCAUGGCACCGCUUCCAACUGAAAAACCAAUUCCAGGGCCCAGUGCUGCAAAUAUUAUCAUUGGAUCCAUUGCAGGCGCCAUCCUGGUGGCUUCUAUUGUCAUUGGAGGAACUGGAUGGGGUUUUAAGCCUGCGCCAAGAAGAAGGGAUGCUGCUCAAGGACCCAUAUAAACCGUUUCAACGCCGUUGGAUUGAUUUGCUGAUGCCAUAUUUUUAAAACUUUGCAUCGAUACGUAACUUUUGUACAGCCCUUGCACUAUGAAAUACGAAACUGUAUAUUAUCUAUGCAUGAUUCAAUGUGAAUAAUUGCUGGUUGAAAAAAAUAUAUCAUGAAAUAUUACAAAUAGAAUGCUUAAAGUGUUAAUGCCUUUAAAUGCAUGGUUGAGGUAUAAAGCAACAUACAUUUUUGAAUUAUUCCAAAAAAGUACCAUAUUUAGCAUUGACAAAGAGCAUGGAAUUAUGUAUACACUAUGGUGUACUUGGCAAUAAUUUUUUUUUUAAGUUUGCAAAUAUACUGUAAACUUUCUUAAAAGUUUAAUUAUAAACAAACUUGAAAAAUUGUA